GCUAGCUUACAUAAUAAAGGCAGGAUAUAAAUCAAUUUAGGUCCAUAACUAGGAGGAGUGGAACAGGCUAGCUCAGAAUCCAUUUCUUGCCUUUUACCAGAGAUGGCCGUGGCUCUGUCCAAAAUACUCCUAUACACCAAUCUUUGGAAACUGCUCAUCGGCAACAGUCGGUCGAUAAUUUUAUGCUAUUUUUUUCUCUCACUUCCCGAGACUACUCUAACACCUUGAGUCCAACUACUUUUCAGUACUUUUCUCUCUCCUACCGGGUGGGAUGAACAAUGAAGCUCAGGUUGGGUGCGUGGAAUUUGGGAUCGGCCGUGUGAAUAAUACAUCUUCACCCCGCAAGUUCUCCCCGCCCUAGGAUAUUCCAUCCUUUUUUAUAACCCAAUGCAAUGGAUAGUGGGCGAAUUGUGCUUGAAGCUGAAGGGAUGUAGUAUGUACGGCAUUAAAAACUUUACCUUACAUCCCGAUUCAGGUCAAUAUCCCGAAAACGCUGCCCGGGUUGUGGAGCUGACAAGUAAACAUCCCCGCUUCCGGCAAAACAUUGACAGGGCUGAGGGGCAUCGGUUAUGAGCAAGCAUACUAUAUAUAUACCUGCGAUUCCAAUUGAUAAUAAUUGCUUCACCGGCUGAUACCUGAUUUGCAACUAGUAUAUUUACCUGCCUUGUCUGAACCCCUCAUGAGUACUUCCAUCUGCCGACGUAUUACCACUACCCUCAACUCACCACCGCGCAUUAUCCAAGGCAUCUUCUUCAAGGACUUAUCAACCCAUACACAGCGCAAUUCAAUAUCAGCUGUUCCUAUUCUCGCAGCUUUCAUGGAGAAAAGCCAUGCUGACCACCCAGCUUUCGGAGGCCGAUGUUUCGGGACUACAGGCAAAUAAGCAGAGGCUGUGGGAUUAUAUUCAUCAUAGUUGCCAAUGGGGCUCUGGCAUUAGAUGGGGAGAUAACCCAACAGACACAGGAAUGGGUCGCCUAGCCCUCUCGCAAGAAGACAAACAGGUACGAAACUGGUUUAUCGAAACCACAAAGGCGCUGGGCUGCAAUGUCACCGUCGAUGAGAUGGGUAAUAUCUUUGCUGUCCGCCCUGGGCGAAGAAAGUAUGUCCCGGCUACUUUCAUUGGGAGCCAUCUCGAUACACAACCCACUGGUGGUAGAUACGAUGGUAUCCUAGGGGUCUGUGCAGGCAUCGAGAUGCUUAAGGUCCUAGAGGAAAAGGGGAUUGAAACGGAGGGGGGAGUUGGUGUUGUCAAUUGGACGAACGAAGAAGGUGCUCGCUUCCCCAUAAGCAUGGUCUCCUCCGGAGUCUGGGCGGGCAAAAUCCCUCUCGAAAAAGCCCAUAACCUCCGCGAAGUCCCCACCGUCGCUUCCCUCCCCAUAGCCUCCUCCGCCCCAGAAACCAUGAAGUCCGCUCUGGAAAAGAUCGGUUACCUAGGCACCACCCCAUGCUCGCACACCGCAUACCCCAUCGCCGCCCAUUUCGAACUCCACAUCGAGCAGGGCCCCUACCUCAUCACCUCAGGUCAGCGCGUGGGCGUCGUCACCGCCGUCCAGGCAUACCGCUGGUACCGCAUCAAUGUCACCGGCCGCGACACGCACACGGGGACGACAGCCUUCGAGCACCGCGCAGACGCGCUCUACGCCGCUGCGAAAAUGAUGGUGCGUGCGCGCGAGAUCGCGCAGAAACACGGCGGUCUCGCGAGUGUGGGGAUCGUCGAUAUCAAACCGGGCAGCGUCAAUACGAUCCCAGGCUUUGUCAGUUUCAGUCUCGAUUUCCGCGCGGCGGACACGCCGAUUGUGGAGCGGUGCGAUGCGGAGUUGCGGGCGGAGUUUGCGGCGAUUGCGGCAGAGGAAGGGAAGGGGAUUGGGAAGCCGUGUCGGGUUGAGUGGGUGUUGGAUCUGGAUAGUCCGGCUGUUAAUUUCCAUGAGGAUUGCAUUGGGUGUGUGAUGAAGUCCGUUAAAGCUGUUGUGAAGGAUCAGCCGAAUCCUGAGUCGUUGUAUCGGACGAUUAUGAGUGGGGCGGGGCAUGAUAGUGUCUUUACGUCGAAGAGGGUACCGACGAGUAUGGUAUUUGUGCCGUGUAAGGAUGGAGUAAGCCAUCAUCCAGAGGAGUUUUCGUCAGCGGAGGAUUGCGUUACGGGGGCGACGGUUAUUCUGCAGGCCGUGGUGAGGUACGAUCGAAUGAGGUUCCAGAGUUAGUCCGCGUUAUGAGUGUUUUCCCCUAAAUUGAAGAGUCUAUGAUAAGGUCAGCUGGGUUAUUGAGCUCUCAAUGUUUGCAAAUGAAAUGAAAAUAAAUAUUCAAUAUCAGGAUUUCAGAUAGGGUAAGAGUCGAUUCGAGGUCGUUGAAGAUACCGCCUAUGAUAUCUGGCGUGGCCAAAAUAAAUCAGCCGGUGUAAGGCUCAUGUUGACAGAUUCUAAGAUAAAAACAUAUGUGGAAAGAGCAAUCGUCUUUAACGUAAAGUAUUCUUCUCCAUUUGAGGUUAAAUAUUGCAUUAUUUAAUUCCCCCAUCAUUUGGAUCCACCCACA